CUCUUGCUUCAACCAGACCCGGAGCAGACCCACCGGCUUUUGCUCGACACAAUCUCUUCUGGAACCCGCACGGUAGCGCAGGACUGAAGGAAAGAUGUUGGUGCUGUUCGAGACCCCUGCGGGCUAUGCCCUCUUCAAGCUGCUGGACGACGGAAAGCUGGAUCGGCCCGAUGAUCUCUGGAAAGAGUUCGAGUCCCCCGCGUCCGCCAACAAAACCAUCAAGCUGAAGGCCUUCUCGAAAUUCGAAAACACAACGGAUGCGCUCUCGGCCGUGACCGCUUUGGUCGAGGGACAGGUCUCGUCCAACCUCAAGACCUUCCUCUCCGACGAGAUCAAGGGAAAGGAUCUCAAGGAGAAGCUGGCCGUCGGCGACUCGAAGCUAGCUGCCUCGAUUGCCAAGAAGCUCAGCCUCAACGUUGUCUCGAAUGAUGCUGUCCAGGAGCUGAUGAGAGGAAUCCGCAACCAGAUCAGCUCGUUGAUCUCGGGCAUUUCGGAGCAGGACAUGAGCGCCAUGGUUCUCGGUCUCUCGCACUCGCUGUCACGAUUCAAGCUGAAAUUCUCGCCCGACAAGGUCGACACCAUGAUCAUCCAGGCCAUUGCUCUGCUGGACGACCUCGACAAGGAGCUCAACACAUACGCCAUGCGCGCCAAGGAGUGGUACGGCUGGCACUUCCCUGAGAUGACCAAGAUCCUGGUCGACAAUGUGGCCUAUGCCAAGACCAUCAAGACCAUGGGCUUCCGCACCAACGCCGCCACCUCGGACCUGUCCUCGAUCCUCCCCGAGGACCUCGAGGAGGAAGUCAAGGCUGCCGCCGAGAUCUCGAUGGGCACCGAGAUUUCCGACGAGGAUAUCGAGAACAUCACCUUCCUGUGCGACCAGAUCAUCUCCAUCUCCGAAUACCGCGCCCAGCUGUACGACUACCUGAAGAACCGCAUGGCUGCCAUUGCCCCCAACCUGACCUGCCUUGUCGGCGAGCUUGUCGGCGCCCGCCUGAUUGCCCACGCCGGCUCGCUCCUCAACCUGGCCAAGCACCCUGCCUCGACUGUUCAGAUCCUCGGUGCCGAAAAGGCGCUCUUCCGUGCUCUCAAGACGAAACACGAUACCCCCAAGUAUGGGCUCAUCUACCACGCUUCGCUGGUUGGCCAGGCCGGUCCCAAGAUCAAGGGCAAGAUUGCCCGCGCUGUGGCCACCAAGGCGGCUCUGUCGAUCCGCUGCGAUGCCCUCGGCGACAAGGACACUCCCGAGAUCGGCUUGGAGCAGCGCGCCAAGGUUGAGGCCCGUCUGCGCCAGCUCGAAGGCAAGGCCAUCAAGGGUGCCAACGCCAAGGCUGCCAAGGGCAAGCCUGGACAAAAGAAGUUCCAAGCUACUCCCACCAAGACAUUCAACGCUGCUUCGGACACCGCCGGUGUCGCCGAGAAGGAAGAGGUGUCGGAAACUGCUGAGAAGAAGAGCAAGAAGGUCAGGGACGAGGAGGAGGACGAGGAGGACGAAAAGCCCAAGAAGGAGAAGAAGGAGAAGAAGGAGAAGAAAGAGAAGAAGGAGAAGAAGGCCAAGGAGUCUGAGGGCGAUGAUGAUGUUAAAGCUGAAAAGAAGAAGAAGCGAUCGGCAGACGACGCGGAGGAGAAGCCAAAGAAGAAGAAAAAGAAGUCUGAAUAAGCUCGCAUCCUCUUUCGCCAAUCCGCAUGUCGCCGCCUGUGCAUAUUCUGCGUAUCAGUCCCAUCUCGAUCUCUCUGGUACAGCUGCUUU